UCUCCCCCCACCCACCCCCCCUGCCGGGAAGAAGGCACGAUGAACUUCCUCAAGAGAAUCAUGCCGAAGAAGUCGCCCGGGGAGGGCGCACCUGGCGGCUCCGAUGGGCCCCGGGCCAAAUCCGGGCCCGGGGCCGGCGCCCAGCCGGCCGAGGUGCUGGUGCUGGACGCCCGGCUGCUGCCCUUCGACCCGGUUCCUUCGCUGCUGGCCACCCUGCGCGAGGUGCGCCCGGCGUCGCCUCCAAACACCGGGCCCCUGGACACCCUGCCGCCCGCCAGUGCCCCGGAUCCCGCCUCGCAGCGCAUCUCCUCCACCUCAUCGGUGUGCAUCGUCGACGACCCGACCCAGGACAUGAUCCUGCAGGCGGCCCACGACCCGGCUGACGCCGACACCAGCGCCCUUGCCGUGGACCCGGCCCUCUUUGCUACCCUCCUGUCGGUGCAGCCGGCCUUCGGGACGGCCAUCUUGCGAUUCCUGGGCUUCGAGCUGCCAACCGCCCGGGCCGGACAAAGCCAGGUGGCCGAGCUGGAUCGCGCGGCGGUCCCGCAGCUGCUCGAUCGCCUGGCGCUGCUUUGCUCGGAUGUCCUGGCUCCGAUUCCCGCGCCUGCGGGGUCCGCCAGCACCGCGGGCCACACCUCCGGCGACAAUAUCCCCCCGAAGGAGUCGGCCAGCUCGUCCAAGAGCAAGUCCAAGGGCCGGAGCGUCGCCCCUCUGCCAUCGACCCUGUCGCUGGGGACCGGCCGGCGGGUGUCCGAGCGCCUGGGCGCCUGGUACCGGCUGAUUGCGCGGCUGGACCCGGGCAUGGCGGCCCCGGGGCACGACCUGCCGGCCGGGCUGCACAUGGGCCCGGCCACUCGGCCCGAGUCCAUCACCUUCGCGCAGCUGGCCCUGGUGCUGCAAUCGCUGGCACACCUGGCCUGCCAGAUCUACCGGCAGAUGGCCCUCUCGCUUUUCCACCCGGAUGUCAUGCUGUCCGUGCGGGAGAUCCUCCGCCAGCAUGUGGCCGGCCGGCUGGCGCUGGAUACCGUUGACAGUUUGCCCGGCCUGCCGGUGCCGGUGGCGGCCACCCUGCGCCGGUGCCACCCGCCACAGCAGCUGGGCUUCGCGCGCGUGCUCAUUCGCGGGGCCGCGCAAUUUGUUUGCCGUUCCCGGAACCCGGCCGACCAGGUGCCCCGGUCGCUGGAGGCCGUGGAUGCCCUGCUGGCCGAUCCGGCCCGGUCGUAUCUGACCCAGGACGAGUUCAUUGCCUGGGUGCAGGAUCAGGUCCCCCGGCUGUUUACCCUGCUUGAGUGUUCGCUGGCCAGCAACCUGCUGGGCGUGCCGAUCCCCUCCACCCCGCCGGCCGUCUCCAAGCGCAAUGCGCCGCGCGCCCGGCCCACUCGGCCGGCCACCGCGCCGGCCACCACCCUCACCGAUUCCGAUGCCGAGUCUGUGCCUUCGGCCACGCCGGCCAGCGACACCCACGACACGGAUGACCAUGAUGACUCGGUCCUGGUGGAUGACCCGACCACCAUGGAUGCCGACAUUGAGCCCUGGUACCUGGUCCACGGCAUCCCCAUUUUCAGCUCCUUCUCGGACAACUCCACCCUGGCACCGCUGGUGGCCUACCUGCUCCGGCUGACGCCGAUCUUCACCCCGGACCAUGAGGCCAUCCGCCGAAACACCCAGCCCCCGGGAUCCUCCGGCCUGCCCGGGGGGCCGGCUGCCCCGGCGUCCGAUGCCCAAGCCACGACGGACCUCUCGCGCGCGGUGCUGGCUCUGUCACACCUGUCCUCCGAGCCGGUGGACAUGCUGUUCGAUGCGGCGCGCGAUGGAUUCAGCCUGCAAACCUUCUCCAACCGGGUGACCGACUACCCGGCCCCGACGCUGGUCAUCUUCCAGACGACCGGCACCGGGCCGGCCUACCCGGCCCGGCAGAUGGCCCUCUUUGUGGCGGACCGCUGGCGGUCGCCGUCCAUCCCCUCGCAGCCGGCCUGCUUCGGCACCUCGCACUCCUUCGUGGUGGACAUUAGCCCGAUCUUCCACCUGUCGCACCCCCGGCGGGAGCGCUUCCAUGCAUACAAUUUCUUCAAUGCCCAGGCCACCACCUCGGCGCCGGGGUCCCUGGGGCCGUACCUGCCCCGGGGCGGGCCGGAUGCCCCACCUCCGGCCGUCCUCCCCCCGGGGACCCUGCCCUCGGCGGCCAACUGCGUGGGCAUCGGCGCGGGGGGCACCUCGCGCGAGCCCUUCCUCCACAUUGACGGGUCUCUGAUGGCCGGCGCCUUCGGGUCCCCGGCCCCUUGUCAAACCUACCGGCUGCCGGCCUUCCCGCGCCGUGCAUUCGAAGUGUCUCGUCUGCAGGUGUGGGGCUUUGGCGGGACGUAUGCCAUGAGCCGUCGCGAUGGCCAGCGCCUCUGGGAAAAGGUCCAAUCGGCGAAGUCUCGCUACCGAGCGGAGAAUGCCCGUAGCGAGUGGGAGGUCGACCGGGAGAUCAUCCGCUGGGGUUCCAUCUAAAUGCUGUGUCAAGCCCCGGGAAGCCGGAGAAACACACGCCAGACGCAUGUGCCAUCUUUUCAGGCUUUCCAUCUUUUUUGUCCCCCCCCCCCCCUUCCCUCCCUCCCUCCCCCCUCCCC